GAAUUGAUGGCAGUGGGAAAUGAGAUAUGUUGAAUAAAAGCGAGGAAACCAAGGAGCUUAGAUAAAAAUAAAAUUGCGAUAGAGGAGGGAUUUAGGGUUGGAGAGAUUCAGGAUGUAUUCCAGCCGCCGAAUCAAUAAAGUUUGAGAAUUUCUUUUGUGAUUCUAAUAAUUUUUCUUGUAAUUGUAGUCAACUCUUUUAUAACAAAUUCUGCUUGGGAUCACAGUUUUCUUCAAUCUCUAAAAUAUGCAAUCACCGUCAAGCACUUCAGGCACAUUGCUGGAAAGAGAGAAUAAUAGAAGAUCUAAUCAGGCAAGAAGGCUUCACUAUAAAAGAUCAUCAUUUUGGGCUGAUCUUCCGCAUGAACUUCUUGAGAUUAUUUCUAAAAGUCUGAAUAUUGUAGACUAUCAAAACCUUGGUCGAGUUUGCAGAAGCUGGAGAUUGUUUUGUUCAGAAUUUAAGCAGAAAUUUUUGACAUCUCAAUCACCACUUGUUGUUUAUGCAUCAUCACGAGCUAAGAAGUAUUUUUACUUCUUUGACAUAGCUACUGGAAUGAAAUACAAGACUAAGCUGCCUCAAUUUGUUUGCAACUUCAAGUUGUGUCUUGGUGUUUCUAGUGGGUACUUAAUCAUGCUCUGUCUCAAGAAAAAUGAUGUUUCGGGCAGUUGUUUAUCGGUUGUAAAUCCUGUUACAGGACAUCAAGUCCAAUUCCCUUGCAUGCCGCAGCCUCCUUGUAUUAAAUAUUAUGAAUACCGUAGCAUAUUUGCUACCUUUGGGUCACAGGUUCAAGAUUUUCUUAUUAUGUAUAUGGAUAGACGGUGCUUGCAGUUCUGUACAUCUAAAGAUAACCAGUGGAAAGAAUACUAUGAUAUCAACGGGCGUUUAUUGGAUACAGUUGUAUUUGAUGGUAGGAUAUAUAUUCUAAACAGUAAUUCUCAGAUUGGGACAUUCAACCCGAGAUCUUGUGAUUUGAGGAUAUUGGAACUGAAAUUCGCACCUGAUUUCAGCCAUUCCUUCCAUGGGCUAAUUAGAUUGGUGGCUUCAAAUGAUCAGCUAUUUGUACUUAAUUUUCCUAAAGUUUACAGAAUAGACUUGUCAAGGAAGGAAUGGGUGCUAAUGUAUAAUUUUGAUGAUCAAGCUUUGUUUUUUGGCUCUGAUUACAUGAUGUGUUCCAAGGUAAUCAACCCAACAAAAUGGGGAGGACAAAGCAACUACAUAUAUAGUCUCGUGUCUUCUUGCAUUAUUUAUUUACGCCCAUAUAACCCAGAGGAGCCACAGGAAACUAUUAUCAUUGAUCUGCCAUCACAAGUAUUUGGGAAAGGUUAUGCUUCGGCCAAAAUACUUUCUUGGGAUUUUCUACACCAGUCAAGCCGUAUUGAGAAUGUAAGGGAUGAUUAGUGGAAUGGUUUGUAAAGGUUUCUAAGCUUAGACAAGGUUUUUAUCUUUUCUGUGCUUCUAAAAUUAGCAUUAUAAUCCGGAGCAUACCACUACUAUUUUGCAUUGUUACCAAUCCUGAAACCUCAUUAAAAACAUUAAGAGAGAAUUGGAAGAGAGACAAAAUUUCAAAACUGGAGCAGAAGAUUUCAAGGUAGAACACUUUUUAUCUGUGUUGUUAUUUUCUUGCUGAGGUGAGUUACCUUUGGCCUAUUAGUAGUCAAACUGCCUCUAGCUUGUAUGAGUUGCAUUAAUUUUCUUUCUUUAGUUGUAAACUUGGAGAAGAUUCUCGAUGUCAAGAGUUUUAUUUUUUAAUUUGUUA